AUGUCCUCGAUAUCAUCUACCUCGAAGGACGUCUCCUUCAUUAACCCGUCUGACAUGGACACAAGUAGCAGUGCUCCAUCAAGCCCCAAGGUUCUUGCUCAACCUCUCAUGGGCACCAGUGUGGCGGAGGAACAUCCCCUAUACUACUUUCAUGACGGUUCUUUUGCUUUCGAGCUUGAAGGAACCAAAUACCGCGUGCAUAGCUCUUUGCUCGCCCGGCACUGCGGCUUCACGUCUACCUGGGCGGAGGACCUGAGCGACCCCACGUCUGCUAGAAUCACUCGCGCCGACAUCGAUGCGUUCCUCUCCAUGAUAUACCUUGCGACGUAUGAGUACGUCGACCUGAACCUCUCCGUUGAGAGUUGGACCUCUAUCUUGCGCCUGGCGACGAUGUGGAUAGCGCGUCCUAUCCGGGCCCUUGCAAUUGAGAUCCUUGGGCCCAAAGUGUCAGCGAUCGACAAGCUUCUACUAUGUCGCGAAUAUGAUGUUGACGAAUGGUUGUCCCCUGCUUGCGCCGCCAUUGCGCUUCGCCCUGCGCCCCUUACAAUGGCAGAGGCAGACCAGCUCGAAAAGUCUGAUAUAGUGCGCAUCUUUUCUGCUCGCGAGGCUGUCUCGAAGGGAGGUGUGGACGCUACAGAGCAAGCGAUCAGUGCGUGGAUCGCUGGGCUAUCGCGCGAACUCGUGCCAACCGCUGCCCCACCCAGUGUUGAAACAACACUCAUUCCCUCCAGCCAACCUAUUGCAGAGGCAUCUGCGCCUAUUGAGCCGGCGGCGGUGACCGAUACACCUCCCGUGCAAUUGGUAUCGGAAGGCUUGUCAGAAAACGAAGAGCUCACUGGCAGCUCUGCUAUGGCUAGUGCUUCUCAGAACGAUGCGAAGUACCUCGAUGGUGCUCUGAUUCCACCUAGCCCUGAAGAGGCUCUUCGACAGCAUCUUGCGUCGAACACAAGCUCUUCCCUUUUUCAAAGCUCAACAACCAAAUCUACACCCUCCAGCAUCAGCCAGAAAGCGGGGACAUCUAGCCUUGACACCUCAUAUGUUCUCCCCGUUCAGGAGGUCGCUCCACCAAGCGUUCCUGUCCGCGCUCCGGAAGAGAAGCUCACCCAUGCUGUUGAUGCCAUACAUAACCAACUUUACGACGACGCCCUGAACUCCUUGACCAUGGACAACCUCAAAUCUGUCGCCCGACAAGUCGCGCCGUCGUUGAUCCUCCAUAACCCGGAACGACCUGGUGUAGGCAAUAUCAAGCGAUUGCGCGCUCUUCUACGAGCGGUUCUGCGCCGUGUCGUCACCAACCCCGGAUUCAUCCCUUGCGGGGCGCAGUUUACGCUUGCUCUGUCCAUCCAGCCGCCUCUCAGAAGUAUACGCUUCGAAGACGCGCUACAGGUUGACAUGCAGUCUCUAGCUUCCAACUGGGCCACAUUCAAAGCGGGAGGAAAGCCCGGUAACGACGUUGGAAAUAUCAUGGCGGAUUUGUCAACCUCCAGCAAGAAAGUCUACGAGACGCAAAUGGGCCAUGGGAAGGGCUUCUUCAGGACUUUGGUCAGACUGGCAGUCCUGCCCGGCCCAACGCUCUUACUGUACAAUGUUAUAGCAGUCAUAGCUGCGUACAUUACUUGA